AUGAGGAAAAAGGAAAAGUCAGUUGAGGAUUUAUUGAAGCAACAGAUUGAAAAACAAGAAUACUUUGACGGAGGAGAUGGUGGUGGAGAUCAUCCAGGUGGUGGCGGUGGAGGUGGUGAUGACGCUUCUGGUGGAGCAGAGGAUGAAGGCAUUCCAGGGAUCUUGGAUGAGCUAGGACAAGUAGUCUUGGCAACUAUGGGCUUCAUUUGUUUGUAUAUCUACAUAAUUGAAAGCGAGGAGAUCACAGUGUUUGCAAAGGAUAUUCUCAAGUUUAUCUUUCUAAGGCAGAAGAGUAUUCGUCUUGGGCGCACAAUAGCACGGUGGGAAAGCUACUUCAAAAGCCUGAGUGAGAAAGAAGUAGAUCCAUAUUGGUUGGAAAGUGAGAUUCUUAAUACUACUACUUGGUACGACGGCCCCACAAAGUAUAGACGCAUUCUCAGACGGUUGCAAUCCGAUUCUGAUUAUUGAUAGGGAACCUUUUCUCUGUGCUGUCAAAUUUUGUACUGGUUUAAACAGUUUCUUGUUGCCUGUUUGAGUAAGAGUAUGAAUGAAGAACAGGGAAAAAACGUUCAUUCAUGUAGAAUUUCUUGUCAUUUGUAUUUUUAUUUUAGCUUUUCGUAUUUGGUGAUGAGGUAUGAUUCAUGGAUCAUUCAGUUAAAGAAUAUUGUGUUUGAUGAAA